AUGUCAAGAUUUCUACCUUCCGGGCCUAAUUUGGAGAUUUUCAAAUUCGCGGUGUGCGUGUCGAUGCCUAUUGUGCUCAUGUUUUACAUCGGUAACAACACGCAUGAGCGAUUGAAUGUCGUGGACUUUUGGCCCGACCCCAACCGCCUGAAUCAGAUUCCGAAGGACCGGAUCGAGCUCAAGCUCGAGCUGGCGAGAAUGCGCGAGGAAAGACUCGCCAAGAAGCAGACGGCUGCUGCUGCUGCUGCUGCUGCCUCUGUGAAUGACGCCGCAGACAAGGCCUGA